UCUGGUGACUUGAUGUUAAGAAUUUACAGAGCUGAGUCAUACGCUGGCCUCCGAGAGUAUAAAGCAGCCAUAGAAGAUCUAAACUUUGUUAUUUCUAAAAUGCCAAAUUGGCCAGAGGUCUACUUCCGAAAAGGAAAAGUGCUGCGUGACUCUGGCUUUGUAGGUGAUGCCUUACAACUAUUUCUACAAUGCUUAGCCCUUGAUGAGGAUUUUCUUCCAGCCAAGCUAGAAGUAGAGAAGACACUGCAUGAUGUGCUGUCACCAGAAAAUUUAGGAGAGAGUCUGAAGGAAUCUGCUUGGAAUUCACCACAUGUUCGAAAUAAACCUUUUAUACUCGGUUCUGAAACGACUGAGUCUUGCUGCGAUUUACAACUUCGUCCUGAGCAGAGUUUAGGAGAAUCAGCAAUACUGCAGCCUGUCAGUGGAAGCCUAAAUCGUGCACAAUCUGCCCAUGCUCUUAAUUCAGCAAAAGACCUUUCCAGGGAAGAUGGCUUAAAGAGAGUGUCUUCUGAACCCCUUCUCUCUGGCCAAGAAAAAGGCACUUUCUUGAAAAGAAAGCUUUCCUUUUCAGAGCAGGAUACAGUUGUAUUUGAAGAUGGAAGAAAUAAACACAAAAAGCAAGGAGAAAAUACAAAAAGGGACACAACACUGGCUUGUGGAACAGUUCCAGGGAAUUUGAUUGACGUGUCAGAUUUUGAGUGCUCUUUGUGCAUGAGGCUGUUCUUUGAGCCCGUGACAACCCCUUGUGGACAUACCUUUUGCAAAGGCUGCCUGGAACGGUGUCUAGACCAUGCUCCGCAGUGUCCCCUCUGCAAGGAGAGUUUGAAGGAGUACUUGGCAAGCAGGAGAUACUGUAUCACAGAACUGCUAGAAGAAUUAAUAACAAAAUAUCUGUCUGAUGAGUUAUAUGAGAGAAAAAGAAUUCAUGAGGAAGAAACUGCUGAACACUCAAACUUGACCAAGAAUGUUCCCAUGUUUGUUUGCACUAUGGCAUAUCCUACUGUGCCUUGCCCUCUCCAUGUGUUUGAGCCACGAUACCGACUGAUGAUUCGCAGGAGUAUGGAAACUGGAACUAAGCAGUUUGGCAUGUGCAUUAGUGAUUCUCAGAAUGGUUUUGCAGAUUACGGAUGUAUGCUGCAAAUUCGGAAUGUUCAUUUUCUACCUGAUGGACGGUCUGUUGUUGAUACAGUUGGUGGAAAGAGAUUUAGAGUUUUACAAAGAGGGAUGAAAGAUGGUUAUUGCACUGCAGACAUUGAAUAUUUGGAAGAUGUUAAGGUUGCUAAUGAAGAAGAGCUGAAGAAACUGAGAGAACUUCACAAUUUUGUUUACAAUCAGGCUUGUAGUUGGUUCCAAAACUUAAGAAACAAAUUCCGCACUCAAAUUCUUCAACACUUUGGGCCAAUGCCUGGUAGGGAAGAAAAUAUAGAGGCAAUGCCCAAUGGUCCUGCCUGGUGUUGGUGGCUUCUAGCAGUUCUCCCAGUAGACCCCAGAUACCAACUCUCAGUUCUCUCUAUGAUGUCUUUAAAAGACCGGCUGAUAAAACUCCAGCAUAUACUCACGUAUUUUUCUAGAGACCAGUCCAAAUGACUAACCGCCCAGGUCUUCCUGAGAAGUUCUUUUCUUCUGGCUGUAGUAGCAGUUGGAAUUUUUGCUGCCUUUGCACAUCUAGCGCUGGUUUGAGGAGCGCAACAUGGAUCUGCUUUUCCCUUGCGCUCAACUUCCUGAACCACUUGGUUCCUUGAAUGCACUUCAACUACGAGAGGAGACCACUGAGAAUUGCACAGAGUCAAUCCAGCCAGAUACGUUUUUCACAUUAUCUACGUUACAAUUUGCACUAUGUAGAAGAAAACAUUUUGAGACUUGAUAAUUUUAGCCACUGACUUCUUAAAGCUGUGGGAAGUGCAGGACUUAAGGCUGACAGUCCAAGUUUACAACACUGAAGAGGUAUUAAAGGUCUUGCAAAUAAUUUUGCCUCAUACAGUUGUUCUGUUGCUAUUUGCACAAUUGAAACAUGGUAUUGAAUGUCACUGUUGGAUAUUACUGCUCAUGUUGAAUUGUACUGACCAUGAAGAUGGCAAGGAUCUUUUUUUAAGUUAUCUUGUAAAUGUAUGUUCUCACAAAGCAGGUGACACUUUAAAACGUGUGCUGAACUGAGAGCCAAUUGUAAGGAACAGAUGCAAAAAAAAAAAAAAAAGGUACUUCUGUCUAAAAAUACUUAAGCUGUGAAUAUGGUUUACAUACUUAGAUCUGUAUAUGUUAAAAUGGAAACUGAAAACUAAACCUCGGUUCCAGUUACAUUUUUACUGGGCUUUUCAAGGGGGCUGUUCUUCCAGAGCACACACUUAGUUUAUUAGAGCCUUUAAGGAAAAACUUUAGAGAGUGUGUGUGUGYAAAUUGGGGAUUGUGCAUCCAGGAUUUAAAAGCUUAAAGUUUUCUUUGGACUUUUUAAGUUGGUGCAAAUGUGAGUUCUAUGCCUUAUUCAUAUCAAUAGUAGAGCACACUGCAGUGGCAAGGUUAGCAUCAUGCUGCCAGUAGGUACUUUUUGUAAUUAAAAAGUUUGCAUAUUUGUGAAUAUGUCUGAUACUGGCUUUCUUCUAUGUAAAUCAUUUGUAAAGUAUUUCUUAAAUCUUGCUUUUGCUAAUAUAUUUAAUUUUCAAUAAAAGCUAAAACUUUGUAAUAAUUUUAACUUUAACGGGAACUAAAAGUAACUUUCAUUUCCCAUGUGCUCCUGUUUUGGAGUCUUACUCGAAGCCAGAAGCAGCUGCUUUACCUAGRUGAAGGCUGUGGGCGCUUCCUGAUCUCAGCGCUGUGGACACAACCCGCU